AUGUAUCUUUUUUGUAGAUAUAACUGUGAUAUUGAUAAAACCUAUAUAAUAUGCGGCGGCCUCGGAGGAUUUGGACUCGAGUUGGCAGAUUGGUUAAUUCUGAGAGGUUGUAAAAACUUGGUCCUCACUUCCAGAAAUGGAAUCAAAAACGGAUAUCAGGCUUACAGAAUAUCUGUUUGGAAAUCAUAUGGAUGUAACAUCAAAAUAUCAACAGACAACAUAACAACCUAUGAAGGUUGUUCAAACUUGAUUGAAAAAUCAAAUAAAUUGGGACCAGUUCAUGCAAUAUUCAAUCUCGCCGUCGUUCUCAAUGAUACUAUUUUCGAAAAUCAAACAAAACAGACAUUCAAAACUUCGUUUGGACCAAAAGCAAUUGCCACGGAAUAUCUAGAUAUUAUCACUCGAAAAAUGUGCCCACAAUUAAGGGAUUUUGUUGUCUUUUCUUCUGUAUCCUGCGGAAGAGGAAAUGCGGGUCAAACCAACUAUGGCAUGGCAAACUCCAUCAUGGAAAGGAUAUGUGAAAAGAGAAAAAGUGAAGGACUUCCAGGUUUAGCGAUUCAAUGGGGAGCUAUAGGAGAAGUUGGUUUAGUUGCUGAUAUGCGAGAGGAAGCAAUUGAAAUAGAAAUUGGUGGCACAUUACAACAAAAAAUAUCAAACUGCUUGGGAAUAAUGGACCAACUCUUAAAACAAAACGAAUCUGCCAUAGUGUCUAGUAUGGUAGUCGCGGAGAAAAAGUCAAAUACGGGUGGAGAUAAUAUUGUAGAUGCUGUUGCAAAUAUUUUAGGUAUUAAAGAUAUGAAAUCAGUUCCCCUCCAAGCGACAUUAGCUGAAAUUGGUAUGGACUCCAUGACUGGAAUUGAAAUAAAACAAACACUUGAUCGUGAAUAUGAAGUUUUCUUAUCUGCACAGGAUAUUAAAGUACUUACUUUUGCAAAACUAUUAGAAAUUCAAGCAGAACGGAGUAUAGAAAAUGAGGAUGGUAUCAAAAAACAGCAAGCGCCUGAAACUCCAAACGCUAUUAUCCAAUUCAUACCAAGUGAAGAGAAUGCGACGGAAAUUAUUUUGCCAAUAACCGGUAAAUCAAGCCAAGGCAGUUAUAAUUGUACAGUGAUAAUAUUCCCUGGCAUUGAUGGAUCAAUAAAAAUAUUGGAACCAUUGUACAAGAAUAUCAUGGCUAAUCUUGUAGGACUUCAAUAUCCACAUUUCGAUCAAAAAGAUACCCUUGAAGAAAUGGGAAAAUUAUUUUUACCGGUAAGUUUUGCAUCUCUAAAAAUAUACGCAGAUGAUGGUAGAUAG